AUGGAGGAAGCAGCUCACAUCACUUACGAUAAGGCGAUCGAAGAGCUACGAAAGAGGGAAUACCCUAUGCUUCAAGGGACAACCUACCUCGACCAUGCCGGAACCACUCUCUACCCAAAGUCGCUGAUCGAGCGCUUCUCGGCUGACAUGAUCUCGAACCUAUAUGGCAAUCCUCAUUCCGCCUCCAACGCCUCCCAACUGACGACGUGCCGCAUUGAAGAUGUUCGACUACGGCUACUGGGACUGUUCAACGCGGAUCCACGAGAGUUUGACGUGGUAUUUGUAGCCAAUGCCACUGCGGGCAUCAAGCUGGUCAUGGAUGCGUUCAGGGACCAAGAAGACGGAUUUUGGUAUGGAUACCACAGGGAUGCGCAUACAAGUCUCAUAGGCGUACGGGAAGCGGCGAUGGAACACCGCUGUUUCGCUACCGAUGCAGAAGUCGUGGACUGGAUCCAACAACCAACGUCAGAGGACGGAAGGGCACGCUUGUUCGCGUAUCCUGCGCAAUCGAACAUGAAUGGACGCCGACUACCGCUGGACUGGUCCCAACACAUCCGCGCCGCAAACGACAAAGGGACGACCUACACGUUGCUAGACGCCGCAGCCCUCGUAUCGACCUCGCCUCUUGACCUGAGUAAUGCCGAGAUUGCGCCUGACUUUACUGUGCUCAGUCUGUACAAGAUGUUUGGGUUUCCUGACCUGGGUGCAUUGUUAAUCAGGCAAGCAUCAGCACAUGCAUUUGACAAGCGCUGCUACUUCGGCGGCGGCACAGUCGAAAUGGUAGUGUGUCUGAAAGAGCAAUGGCAUGCAAAGAAGGCAGACUCGCUUCAUGAGCGUCUAGAGGACGGCACCCUACCAAUCCAUAGCAUCAUGGCGCUUGACUCCGCCAUGGCUGUCCACAAGGAGCUAUUCACCUCGCUCGAACGUGUCUCGCAACAUACAAGCUUCCUUGCCACGAAGCUCUACAACGAGCUGUCGUCUUUGCGUCACGGUAAUGGGCAGGAAGUUUGUCAAAUCUACAAAGACCCAACAUCUACCUACGACAAUACGGCUACGCAAGGACCGAUCGUUGCUUUCAAUUUACGCAAUGAAACCAGCGGCUGGGUUAGCAACGCAGAGGUGGAGAAGUUGGCGGCAAUCAAAAACUUCCAUCUGCGUACAGGUGGGCUUUGCAAUCCAGGCGGUGUGGCCUCUUCGCUCGGACUGGCCCCGUGGGAGAUGCAUGAGAAUUUCUCCGCUGGUCAGCGAUGUGGUAACGAAAAUGACAUUAUGCGUGGGAAGCCAACCGGCAUGGUACGCGUUAGUUUGGGUGCGAUGAGUGCACUGAAAGACGUGGAUUCGUUUGUUGACUUUGUACGCGAGUUCUUCGUACAGAGCAAGCCACCCAGCGCGAUGCCGCCAGCUGUAUGCGAAGAGCUGUUGCCGGCAAGCCGUCUGCAUGUGGAGAGCUUAUCAGUCUAUCCUAUCAAGAGCUGCGCGGGGUUCAGCGUGCCGCCAGGGCAGGCAUGGGAAGUUUACCCUGAAGGGCUUGCUUGGGAUCGUGAGUGGUGCCUUGUUCAUCAAGGCACGGGUGCAGCAUUGAGUCAGAAGCGCUAUCCAAAGAUGGCCCUCAUUCGUCCCAGCAUUGAUCUGGCAGAAGGUGUGCUACGUGUACGACUGGCAGGCCUAUUGAAGGGCACGACUGCAGCUGAUGAGAUUUCUGUUCCCCUCUCAGCGGAUCCACGAAUGUUUGCAGACAAUGCUUUGUACAGCGACGCCAGCGCCAAAGUGUGUGGAGACUCUGUCCAAGCCAAGGUAUACAAGUCGAGCAAAGUAUCAGCUUUCUUCUCGCAAGUUCUCGGGGUGGCUUGCCAUCUUGUCCGCUUUCCAGCCGCCGGCAACGGGAGCGGCUCUUCGCCCAGGCACUCCAAAGCGCAUCUACAGAAAUGUCAGAGAGCUCGCAGCAUGCAGAUACCCGGCGCUUAUCCAGAUACGGCGCCUGUUACGCCGGGCGCAUGCGUUUCCAAACCGAUUCUACUGUCAAAUGAGAGUCCCAUUCUGACCAUUUCGCGAUCAAGCCUCAAUCGCUUGAAUGAGUUGAUCAAAGCGGAUGGCGGUAAGGCGGCGCAAGCAGAAGUCUUCCGAGCCAACAUAGUCGUUGCGGAGAACCCAGACUACCCGCCAGGACUUGAAGACCCAUAUGCGGAAGAUGACUGGCGCUACCUCCAAAUCGGCCAGCAGUACUUCGAAAUGCUGGGUGCUUGUCGAAGAUGUCAGAUGGUAUGUAUCGAUCAGCAAACUGCUGAGAGGGACCAAGAACCGUUUACCACGCUCGCUAAGACACGCCGUUUCGAUGGUCGCGUGUACUUUGGCGAGCAUACAUGUCACCUUCCUAUGGAAAAGUCAUCUACUGGCGAGCAAAAUCACACUAUCAUGGUCGGCGAUGCCGUACAGCCAUAUCGCGACGAUGAGGUUGGUCAGAACGAUCAUCUCUGGUCCCUUGUAGGCUGA